CGAUUUGCUACGCGAUACCGCUUGCCGGCGUCACUUCAUCGUUCUCUUCUCUUCUUGUGAUAGCGAAGGUAGGACGUGUUAGGUGUUAGUAGCUCUUAGGCUAAGUAUAAUAUUAGUUUUUUAAUUUAUCGGCACACAGGCAGUUCUAAUGGAGAACGGUGAAGAUUUUUCAAAAGAUGUCUCAGCAGAGCAUCAAAAUGGAUCAGGUGAUGCUCCAGCCGAUAGUGGAAGUGCAGAAACGCCCGGCCGUGACGAUGAUAGAAAAUUAUUUGUUGGUGGCAUGUCUUGGGAAACCACUGAUAGGGAGUUACGAGAACAUUUUGGCCAAUAUGGCGAAAUCGAAAGUAUAAAUGUAAAGACAGAUCCCAACACUGGUAGAUCAAGGGGAUUUGCAUUCAUAGUAUUUACCACAACAGAAGCUAUUGACAAAGUUGUAGCUGCAGGUGACCAUGUCAUUAAUGGCAAAAAAGUUGACCCCAAAAAAGCCAAAGCGAGGCAUGGAAAAAUAUUUGUAGGUGGUCUCACCUCUGAAUUGAGUGAUGAUGACAUCAAGAACUAUUUCUCACAAUUUGGAUCGAUCAUUGAUAUUGAAAUGCCAUUUGACAAGCAAAAGAACCAAAGGAAAGGAUUCUGCUUCAUCACAUUUGAAUCUGAACAAGUAGUGAAUGAGUUACUCAAGCAACCCAAACAAACCAUUAAAGACAAAGAGGUCGAUGUAAAGAAAGCCACACCCAAACCAGACCAAAUGGGCGGCCCCAUGAUGGGCAUGCGCGGUAUGCGAGGCGGAGGCAGAGGCGGUCCAAUGAGGGGAGGUCGCGGUGGCCGAGGCGGCUACGGAAACCAAGGAAACUGGAACCAAGCCUAUGGUGGCUACGGUUAUGGCCAAGGAUACGGCUAUGAUGGCUACAGCCAAGGUUAUGACUACUACGGCAGUGGCUAUGGGGGUUAUGGAGGUUAUGAUUACUCAAACUAUGGCGGCGGUAACUACGCAGACCAGGGAUAUGGUUAUGACGGAGGAUAUGGUGGUGGUGGCGGAACCGGACGCAAUGUUAACACUCGUGGAAAAGGUGGAGCCGGCGGAUACCAAUCUGGUGGUGCUGGCGGAGGCCCCAAACAAAGAGGAGCUGGUCAACGCAACCAAAGGUUCCAACCCUAUCAGAAGUGAGGCUGGUUAAUAUCAUAAGAGAAUAGUUCGUGAUUCAAACAUUUUCCGUAAUAAGUCAUCUCAUCCUCAACUGAAUUUUCCAAUCAUUCCAUUUCAUCGCGGCGCUUGGAAAAUAUACCCGACAACGUACAAAAUUUUUAUGUUACAAGUCCAACAUAAAAGUCAACUAUAUCCAGUCGAGAUUUUUUUUUAUUUUCUUUUUGAUAAAUCGGUUAGGAAAUGUUAAAACAAAUUGAUGGUCUUCAAAUUAUGAAUUUAUAUAUAAAUGAUACAUUGAGUUUUGAGUUAGUCAAAGAUAUUUUCUCUUUUUUGUAUUAUGUUUUUCUUUAUUUAACUCUAGUAUGAUGUAAACGUAGUUUUUAAGUUUAUAUGUAUAACUUGUAUGAGUGAAAGGAGGCGUUGUGUACUUCCAUUGUAUGACAAAAUUUAAUAAAACGAUAAAUUUUGUGUAA